GGAGUAGCGGUCCCCCGAAGCUCCCGCGUCCGUCUCCCCUCCUACACCAAGAGUGUCAUUGUGUACGCCUCGCCGCUGAUCUCCAAGGGGAGCCGGGGGGAGCAGCCAAGAGGUGCUCGGGAGGGGACCGAGAGCUCGCCGUCAUAUAUUCGCAGCUUCACCUAGGGCGGGUGGCGCACAGCACGCGGCUCUCUGGGCUUUAAAAACAUAUUAAGCGUCGCUGGGUUUUACGGGACCAUCUCGGUCGGUAGCCGCACUGCCGCUGUAUCUUACGGGCAGCCAAGCGCCAGCGCAGGUGAGCCGCCGGACGGCGUGCGGGUCUCUGCAGGGGCAUUGAUGGGCGAGACGGACGGCGACCCCCCCACGAGAGCAGCGCGAGCCAGCUGGAGUCAUGAAGGACGCCGGGGAGUCAAAGGAGCACCAGCUAACGGUCGCCCUGCGAAUCCGACCCCUUAGCGAUGUGGAGAUGGAGGAGUCCACCACCAUCGUGGCCCAUCGGGUGGACGACCAGAUGGUGGUUCUGAUGGACCCGAUGGAGGACCCUGAUGAUGUUCUCCGUGCCAACCGGUCCCGGGAGAAGACGUACAUGUUCGACGUGGCGUUUGACUACGCUGCCACGCAGGAGCAGGUGUAUCGGGCCACCACAAAGGGCCUGAUUGAAGGGCUCAUCUCGGGGUACAACGCCACCGUGUUUGCCUACGGACCCACAGGGUGUGGAAAGACCUACACCAUGCUGGGAACAGACGCGGAACCAGGCAUAUACGUUCGCACCCUCAAUGACCUCUUCCACGCCAUCGAGGAGACCAGCGACGACAUGGAGUACCGCGUUUCCAUGUCGUAUCUCGAGAUCUACAACGAGAUGAUCCGGGACCUUCUAAACCCUUCCUCGGGUAUCCUUGAGCUGCGCGAAGACUCGAAAGGCGAGAUACAGGUUGCAGGCAUCACCGAGGUGUCCACCAUCAAUGCCCAGGAGAUCAUGGAGUUGCUGAUGAAGGGGAAUAAGCAGCGGACACAGGAGCCCACGGCGGCCAAUCAGACGUCGUCACGCUCGCACGCUGUGCUGCAGGUGGCCGUGCGGCAGCAGAGCCGCUGCCGGGAUCUUCUGCAGGAGGUUCGCUUUGGGCGCCUCUUCAUGAUCGACCUGGCUGGCUCCGAGCGAGCCUCACAGACGCAGAACCGAGGACAAAGGUUGAAAGAAGGGGCUCACAUCAACCGCUCCCUCCUGGCCCUGGGCAACUGCAUCAACGCCCUCAGCGAGAGGCACGGCAACAAGUACGUCAACUACAGGGACAGCAAGCUGACGCGUCUGCUGAAGGACUCCCUGGGCGGGAACAGCCGCACCGUCAUGAUCGCCCACAUCAGCCCCGCCUCCAUGGCCUUCGAGGAGUCACGCAACACGCUAGCGUACGCCGACCGCGCCAAGAGCAUCCGCACGCGGGUGAAGAGGAACCUCCUCAACGUGUCAUAUCACAUCGCCCAGUACACCAGCAUCAUCUCGGACCUGCGCGGCGAGAUCCAGCGCCUCAGGACCAAGAUCGCAGAGCAGGGCGGCCGUCAGCAGAGUUCUGACCGCACCGACAUCCGCAGCGUCCAAGCGGAGGUCCAGGCCCACUCCUCACAGGCGGAGAUGAACCAGCUCCGGGAGCAGCUUCUGGAAGCUUUCCGGCAGCAGAUGGAGAUCCGCAGAAGCCUGAUGGAGCUGGAGAGCAACAACAUGGAGAUCCAGAUGGACACAUCCAAGCACCUCCUCACCAUUGCCGACUGGGAGCAGGAGCGAAGCCGCAGGGCCCGGAAGAGACGGGGGGAGCGCCGCAAGGAGACCCCGGCCAAGGACGACAGCGGGAAGGAGUCCGACUCAGCGGAGUCGCCCUCUGACAGCGGGGAGAGUCAGGAGGUGCUGCUAGCGAGGCAGAAGCUGGUGGCCCUUAUGACCGAGCAGAAGAAGAUCCGCAAGGAAAAGGUGGCGCUGGAGCGCCGCUUCCGGGAGCUGCGGGAGCGUUCACGCCGGCUGGAGGAGCUGCUGCCGCGGCAGGUGAGCUCCGAGGAGCAGCGGGAGGUGCUGGGGCUGCUCUGCAAGGUGCACGAGCUGGAGAUUGAGAACGCGGAGAUGCAGUCUCACGCCCUGCUGAAAGACAACGUCAUCCGGCAGAAGGAGGCUGUGGUACGCCGUUUCGAGCGCCACCGGCAACUGUGCGAUGACAUCAUCCAGCAGCAGCGCCAGUUCAUCGACGACCAUAGCCUCCUGGUGCCACCCCACCUCCAAGAGCUCUAUGACAUCUACAUGAGGGAGCUGGACGAGCGAAACCUGGACCGGACCGUGGCUCUGGACAAGGUGUCCCACCACACGCUGAAGGAGGGAUCCCUGCCCAAGAUCACCCUACCUGUUUUGGGGCCCGAACUCCUACAGGACCGGGACUUGCAUCAGGAGAGCAUCUGCACGUUGGUCUCCGAGAGUGGGCGUGGCCACUCGGGGGGGAGGAGGCGCACCCUCCCUCCCAUCUUUCCAGAGCCUGAAGGUGACAACAACAGGGUGUUCAGGAGCAGCGCUCAGUCCCGGCAGUUGAAGCACUCCACGUUACUGAGCCAGCCCCCCCUCUGCUUGAACGAGGACCUCAGCCCCCGCUUCGGACCCUUGAGCCACAGUGUCAGCAGUCAGCCAGACUCAUCCCCUGAGAGCAGCGAGAAUGGGACCGACGCCACGCUCUCACACAGAGAGUGCCAGCAGAUCCUGAAGGGUGUGAAGGACAUCGCCAUAAAAGCUGCCCGCCGGCGCCCUAAGGCCCUGGAGAUCGACACUCUGCGGCUGCCACCACCGCCCUCCCCACUGGAACCCAAGAAGCACAAGAGCAGCCUGUCCCUGAGCGAGGCACCCCCUAGAGGCACGCAGCGGCGGUGCGGCCGCCGGCCCAGCCCCGAGCUACGGCACGCCACUUCGGACGACAACCUGUCCAGCAGCACUGGGGAGGGACCCGGGCAGCGGGGCACCUGGACCCGGCGCUGCCGCCGCCUGCCCGCACCCAAAAACCCCGCCCCCCGGGAAAAGGACUUCGAGUGCCGCCGUCGCAAGAGGAGGUCCCGCUCCUUCGAGGUCACAGGGCAAGCGCUCCCACAUCCCAAGGCAGCUAGCCAGCGUCUGCGGCCCCUGGACAGCACCUCGGACCCCCAUCUCCACGGCCUGCAGCCCCCCGCCCCCCCGUUGCGGCCCCAGGCUCGGGGUGUCCACCCCCUGACUAAAAUCCAGCCAGCCCACCACGGUCACCAGGCAGGCCUGACAACAGCCACCUCUGACAUUUCUAUAUCCAACUAUCCCAUCAGCCACCUGGGCAGCGUGAAGCGGGGGCCUCACCUCAGGCAUCCUCAGCCUGUGCUCUAUGUCACCACCACCGGCACGGGGGGGCAUCGCACUCGCAAGCACUGACCCCCCCCCCCCAAUAUGCAGCCUCGACUCCACACCUCAGUUCUUCAAACCUGACUUUACUUCCAUAGCCCCCGGAUCAAGUGUCCAUCACUAUGAGGACCCUGUUACCUCAUGACAACUAUCCACACCUCACUUUCACUGUUUAAAAAUGACCACGCCCCCCAACCCGCCUGUAGCCCCCCCAACCAUGAAUUCUUGAGCACUUACCUGAACACACUUCAGGCACAGAACCCACUGCCUCAGCCCAGUGCGAUACCAUCCAAUGCCCUCAGCACUUACUCCACAGUUGGCCCUCAACGGGUCACUGCUGGGUAUUGGAGGUGGUCUUUACAUGACCACAGACAGAAGCCCCGCCUUUACAUGAACACAGACAGAAGCCCCGCCUUUACAUGACCACAGACAGAAGCCCCGCCCCCGGUCACUUAGCAGCACCCUGGCAGUGCUACAUAUAAUCCGACUCCCAGAAGCCCAUUCAAACAAAGGUCCAAUCUAGGGCUUGCUAAGACUUUAAUUAACUAUGAGGAUGGUUCAGACCUGCCAUUCAUAUCUGGUGGGAUAAGAACUAGUUAUGUAGACAAAGAAAAGCAGAAAGAACAUCAUCAGAGGCCUGGUGCACUGAUAAACCGCCUCCGUCAUACGCUUAUAGUUACCUGAAUUGAUUUAGCAGUGACAAGGGUUUGAAUGGAUUAUUUAACCCAUGAUUUUAUGACAAUGUAUGUCAAUCUUACUGCAUCCCUUCUGCAGAGAUUCAUUCUGAAGAUGCGACUUGGUGACCCUUAAACGUCAUACCUGUAGGACAGAUACCUGUUGACUUGCCCUCUUGGAUGGAAUUGGGUGUCACGCCCUUACUCUGCAUCAUGCUCGCUUUUCCCCACCGUUACAUUCUCCUCCAUCUCCCAUUCUGACACUGUAAUCUUCACCUGCUUUUAUAAUUAGAGAUUCGCUGGUUCUUUUUUCUACACUUUGUUUUGUACAUGUUUUGUAACCAAAUAAAUCUGAAAAUCA